AUGGCCGCAUCCGCCCUGUCUGUCUGCUCCAGCAACCUGAGCUAUGGCAACCGCGCCUGCCUGCCCGGCUCCAGUGACUCUUGCACCGACUCCUCCUGGCAGGUGGACGACUGUCCAGAGAGCUGCUGUGAGCCCUCCUGCUGCUCCACCUGUUGCUGUGAGCCCACCUGCUGUGCCCCCAGCUGCUGCCAGCCCACCUGCUGUGCCCCAGCUUCCUGCCUGACCCUCAUCUGCACCCCAGUGAGCUGCAUGUCCAGCCCCUGCAGCCAGGUGACUUGUGAUCCCAGCCCCUGCCAAUCAGCCUGCACCAGCUCCUGCACACCCUCAUGCUGCCAGCCCUCCUGCUGCAACUACUCCCCCUGCCAGCCGGCCUGCUGCACACCCGUCUGCUGCACACCCGUCUGCUGCACACCCGUCUGCUGCACACCCGUCUGCUGCAAGCCCCUGUGCUGUGUGCCCAUCUGCUCUGGGGCCUCCUCCUGCUGCCAGCCCACCCCCUGCACCUCAUCCUGCUACAGACCCUCCUCCUGCGUGUCCCUCAUCUGCCGCCCCGUGUGCAGGCCUGCCUGCUGUGUGCCCACCUCCUCCUGCUGUGGCCCCACCUCCUCCUGCCAGCCCAGCUGCUGCCGCCCGUCCUCCUGCAUGUCCCUGCUCUGCCGCCCCGUGUGCUCCCGCCCGGCCUGCUGCAUCCCCACCUCGGCCCAGAAGUCUUGCUGCUGA